AUGCGACAAGGUUACACUAGUACGCUGCCAAAUGAUGAUAAUGGUGGUGGUGGUGGGACAUCAUCAUCCGCCAUCUCCUCACAGCAAACAUUUUUCGAUCGUGUACGAAAAAUGUGGAAUAAGCCAUCGAACAAUGAAAGUGCACCAUUGCUGGAUCGAAAACAUAUGACGCUAGAGCCUCCUAAGAGAACCACAACCAAAGUUACUCUUACUGCUGUCCUGCUUGUAUUCACAAUGCUCCUUUUUGGUGCUGGUAUAGCUGUCUGGAUUGAGACUGAGCCUGUUUUUGAAACACGCCCUUUGAGCGAGACAGAGCGAUUGGUGCUCAAUCUACCAUCCAAUGAUAGUAUCCAUGACCAUUUCCACGUAUAUGCCUCCAAAGUACAUAUGGCUGGCUCUGACGUAGAUAGACAACAAGCUGAAUGGACGCGUGACAAGUGGAUUGAAAUGGGUGUCUUCAACACGACAAUUGAAACCUAUUAUCCAUUGCUCACUCAACCAAAAGAACAGCGAUUUGCAUUGGUGACAGGACCUGAAGAGCUACGCUUUGAAGCUACAAUGCACGAGAAGGUAUUGGUGGGAGAAGAUGGCGAUGAUGAAACCAUAAAGCACCCCGCUGCGUUUCAUGCCUACUCCAAAAAUGGCAGUGCCCUUGGCCCUGUAGUCUACGCCAACUAUGGUGGCCUCAAAGACUUUCAGCUCUUACUUGAUAGAGGGAUUGCACUAGCAGGCACUAUUGCUCUCAUGAGAGCUGGCAAUGGAAUUCCAGAUGGGACAAAAAUUCGUGUUGCCGAAAAGUUUGGGUGUAUUGGUGCCUUGAUCUACCCUGACCCUAUCGAUGAUGGUCCUUUCAAUAAGCAUGGUUUUCCUCAUACCCAUCCAGCUGAGCCAUAUCCCAAUGGGCCAUGGCGUCCUUCAAGCUCUAUUCGAAGCGGGUCAGUUGAGUUUUCCUCAUUAGCGAGUGGUGAUCCUUUGACACCUGGAUGGGCUGCCACCAAAAAUACCACGCGACUCAAUAUGGAUGAAGCACAAGUUUUACCCAACAUUCCUUCUCUUCCAUUAUCCUAUCACGAUGCAUUAUCCUUAUUGAAAGCGAUGCAAGGUCGUGGCACCCUUGGCGAUAUCAGCUGGAAAGGAGGCUUACCAGAUGUUAGCUAUUACAGUGGACCCACAGAAGGGAAUGCCGAGCUUGUAAACAUCGUCGACAACAAGGUAGCACCGGUGUGGAAUGUGAUUGGCGUCAUGCAUGGAUCUCAAGAACCUGAUCAUGCAGUCAUCCUUGGCAAUCGACGUGAUGCAUGGGGAUAUGGUGCGGUCGACUCAUCUUCAGGAUCAGCUGUAAUGGUUGAGGUGGCAAAAGUCUUUGGGACGUUACUCAACAAAGGCUGGCGACCAGCACGUACGAUUAUUCUAGCAUCAUGGGAUGCAAGUGAAUACUCCAUGGCUGGGUCUAACGAAUGGAUGGAGUAUCACAAAGAUUGGCUUGAUCAACAUGCUGCUGUAUACAUUAAUGUGGGUGCAGCUGUAUCGGGACCACAUUUCGCUGUGCAAGCAUCCCCUUCGCUCAAACGAUUGAUUUAUGACAUCGCUCGAUUUGUGCCAGACCCACAAAGUGGCACCACCGUAUAUGAAGCAUGGGCUGAAUUUACCAAUCGCACAAGUGCUCCAUCUACGGAACCAACUAUUGGCAACAUUGUCUCAAAAUCGGACUUUGCACCAUUCUUGCAUCAUGCUGGAAUAGCUAGUAUCAACAUGGGAUUCAUGGGCGACUUUGGUGUGCAGCAUAGUAUUUAUGACAGCAUUCAUUGGAUGGAAACAUUUGGCGAUCCCGAUUAUCGCUAUCAUAUGACCUUGGUCAAAAUCUGGGCCCUUUUGGCUAUACGACUUUCAGACAGCCCCAUUCUUCCCCUGCAUCCUGGUGAUUAUGCAGCUACACUUUCUCUCCAUUGGAAGCAUCUUUCAGAGUACUACACAACAGCUCAUGCCUCAAACCUAAAGCAUGUUGAUGCAUAUGCUAGACCUUUCCGCUUGCUAUACAAAUCAAUCCACAAGCUCACCAAGCUAUCAGGGCGACUUGAAGAGGGAUUAGGUCUUUUAGAAAGCGAGGUCCAUGAUUACCAACACCUUGCUGAUGUGCCAUCAUCACUCAAAGAACGCCUUGACAAAGUCAAUGAUCGCCUUGCUCUCUUUGAGCGAUACUUAUUAGAUCCAGAGGGUAUCUAUGAGAGGCCAUGGUACAAGCAUGUCAUCUAUGGUCCUCGAAUGUGGUCCGACCAUACCAUAUUCCCAGGGAUUAUGGAUGCUAUCGAUGCUCAAGAUAGAGUCAUGGUGGCGUUUGCCGAACAACGUGUAGCAAUGAGCAUUCGCAAUGCGGCGAAAAGUAUAAAGAUGUAG